GUGUUUUAACGCAGGCGCUGCCUAAAAAGCAGAUAGCCCACGCUCUAAUCACUUGUCUGCUUGACGGUGAGGGGAAGAGUCGCAGUUUUUUCGAACAAUCCACGAUCGCAAUGAAAAACGGAUUUAUGUUGUUUAUGGCUUGCGCCAUAACUAUAGCUGUUGCCGUUUCAAAGGAUAAUGAGAAGGAAUCCGACCCAUCUGCCAGUUUAUCCCCUGCUCAACAAUUUGGUGCGACCACAGCUCAUCCCAAUGUGACCACAGCUCAUCCCAAUGUGACCACAGCUCAUCCCAAUGUGACCACAGCUCAUCCCAAUGUGACCACAGCUCAUCCCAAUGUGACCACAGCUCAUCCCAAUGUGACCACAGCUCAUCCCAAUGUGACCACAGCUCAUCCCAAUGUGACCACAGCUCAUCCCAAUGUGACCACAGCUCAUCCCAAUGUGACCACAGCUCAUCCCAAUGUGACCACAGCUCAUCCCAAUGUGACCACAACUCAUCCCAAUGUGACCACAACUCAUCCCAGUACGACCACAACUCAUCCCAAUACGACCACCCCUGAAACACCAACACCGCCUACACCUACAUCCAAGGCCAACCUGACAGGAGGGGAGUAUACUCUGAAGUGUGCAUUGCUCUCUAUGGAACUGCAGAUCAAAGUAGAGUAUGACAGCAACAGCAAGUCUGAAGGGAUCUACAUUGUCCAGCCAAGAACCACUACUGUUCAGGGCAACUGUGGAAACUCUAGUGUGAACUUCAACCUCACCUUCAAAGAAGGGUUUAUUGACUUCCGGUUUGAGAAGAAUGACACUGAGAAAUUGGUCUACGUUAGCUCGGUUGCUGUGGAACUUACCUACCCCUUUGACCGUGCAGAUCCUAAAACCAGGUAUGCAGCCAGCAACAGUUCGGUGAAGCUCUUCUCUGCAGCGAUUGGUCAAUCCUACUCCUGCCGGAACCAGUCGCUGUACUUAGGAAAAGGCAUCCAUUUGGAAAUGACCAAAGGCAGGAUGGAGGCCUUCAACACCACCAAAGAUUUUGGCCCCCCCAACCCAUGCCCUGCUGACAAACAGGACUACCGUGUGGCGAUAGCUGUGGGCAUUGUCCUGCUUAUUCUCAUUGUCAUCGUCGUUGUGGCCUACAUCAUUGGCAGAAGGAAGAGGAAUGAUGGCUACCAGGCUCUCUAAGAACCAAAAUCCACCAGAGCCUAAUGAGAUUUAAGGAGGGGUUGAGGUAUAACACAUUGCAGUGGCAAGUUUAUUGGUCUUUUUGUAUUCUACGUUGAAUACCUGCUAUGUAAAUAAAGUGACAGAGGAUAUUUAAUCUUUCUCCCCUAAUAUCCUCUUACACUGAGUUUCAGUUCUGCUGGUACUUUUAGUGCCACAGAUGGUAGAGAAAAGGACACCGCUCAAUUGAAAGUUUACUUUUACACAUGAAAGACCAUGGAGGGGGUUACCGUUUAAAAAAAAUAAUAAUAAUAAAUGUUACAAAAGUCUGGGAGGGAACAAAAUUCAAGUAUGUAUGUGUUCCUCAAUAAGCCCUCCAGCCUUGCUGUCUCAAGUUUGUGCUCCACCACUACAUCAGUACUUCUGUUAAUGUCGAAGCUGAUGCAUAUAGUUUCCACUGUUUCCAUUUGUAAUCAUUCAGUAUCUACAAUCACAAACUGGUUUCCACGGUACUCCCAUUACUGAUUUCUUUUUGAUUUCUGUUUGUAAACAUAAUGGGGGGAAUUUGUUUCUGUUUCUUGUUGCGCUUUGAAUCAUAUUUGAAUAAGGUAAUGGAAGCAGUGCAAAAUUUUAAUGUUCAUAUAGUGUUAUUAUAGUUAAUUAUAGUGUCGAAGAGUCUUACAGUUGUUCUUACAAACUGGAUACAACUUGUGAGAAACACGAUCCCCAUGAGCAAAGCUGAUAAUAAAAAUUACUGAUCUGUGGUUCUUAAAUACCUUCUGUUUGUCAGCUUGUCAGAAGGGUGAAUGUAAAGGCCUUGUGCAAUAUUCUAUAUCACUGAAAUUCUUCAUAAUUUUAGCUUGACUCCUCAUUUGAAUUGCCAAUAGAUGCAUAUUAUGUGAUGGAAAAUGAGUACAAGAAAGACUUACUGUUUUCAGUGCCAGGAAUGGAUAGAUAUUUUGCAUAUAUAGAUUGAGAUUUAUCCUUUGAUGAUGUUGAUUUGUCCAUUCUGUCACACUAGUGAUUUCCUGUUUCCAUUAUCCAUGGCUUCAGCUUUAAUUUCUGAGGGAUCCUCGUAUUAAAUCCAGUAAUUUGGGGGCUUUGGCCCUCUGAUCAUGUUUAGCAAAAUGCCUGGGUGCUGGGGAUGCUCAUAAUAGCAUAAGCCAUAAUUAUUCUACUGAAUGAACCUGAUUUGAAGGGAUACCACAUUCUAUUGUACAUGAACACAGGCAUGUGCAAUAGUCAACUUGAUGAAUAGAAAGGAAAUGUAGAUAAUUUGGGAUUUAAAGGAUUGUGAAAGGGAAGAAUCUUCACCUCAAUGGAUAGAUGCAAGGGAAUGCAUUAGCUAUUUCAGUUUUUCAGGGGUUUUCUUGUUUGUUUUUUUUACUUCUUGGGGUACCCAUGGGCCAUAUUUAUUCACGGAAUAUAUCAGUUUCCAGUGGGAUUGCUGUAAAAGUUUUAAAUAUGUGCUAACAAUAAAAAUAAACCUUUUCUUUG